CCCGCGACCGUCGCUCCAGGGGCCGCGUCUCCCUCGCCUCGCUUCGCCGGCCGCUCCGCCUAGUCCACGCCGACCGCGCCUGGCGCAGGCGCAGACCCCCGACCAGAAGCGGGUGCUCCUCGGCUGUCGCGGUGACCCCGCCCCCGGGCCCGGGAUGUGAGGCCGGUCCGGUGUCCCCCGCGGCGGGCCGGGGCGGCGAGGGGCCGGCGGGCGCCAUGGAGGGCGUGCUGUACAAGUGGACCAACUACCUGAGCGGCUGGCAGCCUCGGUGGUUCCUUCUUUGUGGAGGCAUACUGUCCUACUACGAUUCUCCUGAAGAUGCCUGGAAGGGUUGUAAAGGGAGCAUCCAGAUGGCAGUCUGCGAGAUUCAAGUUCAUUCUGUGGAUAACACUCGUAUGGACCUGAUCAUCCCUGGGGAACAAUAUUUCUACUUAAAAGCCAGAAGUGUGGCAGAGAGACAGCGGUGGCUAGUGGCCCUGGGGUCUGCUAAGGCCUGCCUGACAGAUAGUAGGACCCAGAAGGAAAAAGAAUUUGCAGAAAACACUGAAAACUUGAAAACCAAAAUGUCGGAACUAAGGCUAUACUGUGACCUCCUUGUUCAGCAAGUUGAUAAAACAAAAGAAGUGGCCACAUCCGGUGUUGCUGACUCUGAGGAGGGAAUCGAUGUGGGAACUCUGCUGAAAUCAACCUGCAACACUUUCCUGAAGACCUUGGAGGAAUGCAUGCAGAUUGCAAAUGCAGCCUUCACCUCUGAGCUUCUCUACCAUACUCCCCCAGGAUCCCCUCAGCUAGCGGUGCUUAAGUCCAGCAAGAUGAAACAUCCUAUCAUACCAGUUCAUAAUUCAAUGGAAAGGCAGAUGGAGUUGAACAGUUGUGAAAAUGGAUCUUUAAAUAUGGAAGUAAACGGUGAUGAAGAAAUCCUGAUGAAAACCAAGAGUUCCUUGUAUUUGAAAUCCACAGAGGUAGAUUGCACCAUGUCAAGUGAAGAAAACACAGAUGAUCAUGUGACAGGUGAGAUACUGGAGGAAGAUGGAGAGAAAAACCUGGGGAAUCAAGACAGUGAGCUGGCACAGCCUGGGCCAGACUCAGUUUCCUCGCCUGAAUCUGUCUGGGAAAACAAUGAAGAAGUUAUCCCAACUUUCUUCAGUGCCAUGAGUGCCAGCUUUAGUGACAUUGAACUUCUGGAAGACAGUGGCAUUCCCACAGAAGCGUUCUUGGCGUCUUGUUAUGCAGUGGUUCCAGUACUGGACAAACUUGGUCCUACAGUGUUUGCGCCUGUGAAAAUGGAUCUUGUUGGAAAUAUCAAGAAGGUGAAUCAGAAGUACAUAACCAACAAGGAAGAGUUUACUACCCUCCAGAAGAUAGUGCUGCAUGAGGUGGAGGCAGAUGUAGCUCAGGUUAGGAACUCAGCGACCGAAGCCCUCUUGUGGCUGAAGAGAGGUCUCAAAUUUUUAAAGGGCUUUUUGACAGAAGUGAAAAAUGGGGAAAAAGAUAUCCAGACAGCACUGAAUAACGCAUACGGCAAAACACUACGGCAACACCAUGGCUGGGUAGUUCGCGGGGUUUUUGCGUUAGCACUGAGGGCAGCACCAUCCUAUGAAGAUUUUGUGGCAGCACUAACCAUAAAAGAAGGCGACCACCAGAAAGAAGCUUUCAGUACCGGGAUGCAGAGGGACCUCAGCCUUUACCUCCCUGCUAUGGAAAAGCAGCUGGCCAUACUGGACACUUUAUAUGAGAUCCACGGGCUGGAGUCUGAUGAGGUGGUGUGAUGGCUACAGGACAGCACCUCCUAACUUCAGGGAAUAAAGUUUGCUAAAGUGUUGUGUCGCCCUAGUUAAUUUCCAGCAACAGCCUCGAUGCCCUCCAACUCCUUUCCUUGGGGAGAUGGACAGGAGGACGUGAAACCUAGUGCUUUUAUAGAAUUGUUUUAAUGCGUUUGUGUUUGCUGUGUUUAAAAAAUCAAGGUGCUAAAUAUUUCAGUUCAACAGGCCUACUGGAAACCAAAUCAUAGCUGUCAUAGACUUGAAUAGCAAGCAGUAAGAGCAAAAUCAACAAACGGACUUGUUGGGAUCAUACUUUGUAUUGCUCUGUUUCAGUUAUUAGUUUUAGUGGACCACCCAAACUCAAGCACUAUGCAGGACUAUAACACAAAGCCAGUGUUUAAAAUAGCUUAGGAGUUGACUGAGCAUUGGAGGGAGUGUAGGCUGCCUUGUCGAAGGACUUGCCAUGUAACAGUUUGUUAUUCCUAGACUGUCCCGAGUGGGUCCCUUCUCUGUGACUCUGCUGAUGAGGAGGCUGUGUAUUGAAGGCAUUUCUUCAUUUGUGGGAAAACACUAACAAGAACUGCCAUGCCUAUUGUCAGGUGAGACCGUGGUUCCAGGAGAUGCUUGAGACCAGAAUAGAGAGGCAGGGUAAGUCACUUGGGUAGCACAUACCACCACUCUCAUCCAGUACAUUUCCUGUGUUGUUUGAACGGGGCAGCAUAGCAUAGAGAGGAUUCCUGUCCUACUUCAGUGGGAAAGUCUGUAAUAGGAAAGUCUGCUCACUUUCAUGGAGUAUCUUGUUUCUGUUUAUUUUAUUUUUAUUUAUUUAGUUUUUGCCUAGCUUCAUGAACUCCCUUCAGCAAAAGAGCCAGGUAGCUUUCAGAUGUGAACUAGAUCACCCACGUAUUGAAGUCACUCAAUGUACUGUCUCAGACUUACCUGAAGAACCCACAUCUGGAGGUGAAAUAGGAAAUUUGCUGUUUGAUGACCUUCCCAGGUGAUACUCACUUGGUUGAGCUACCAAUUGAAUUCUGUUUUUUCAGAAUUUCCAUUCUCCUGCAAAAAAACAAAUGAUCCAUGCUGUAACCCCAAGAGGAAGGGGUAUCAUUCAAGUAAAGCGAUUGAAUGGAAGUGAGUAGACCAGCAGCGCAGGCAACAUUGCUUGUGGCAUUUCUCUAAAGAAUGACAAGGCGCCCUUGUCUCCCAGUCAUGAUCCAAGCUGCCUAGAGUAUGCAUAGGGGAGAAGCCAUGAGUACCCUCUCCAGGAAAUGCUCCUCCGUAACAAGGAAGGUCAUUCCAGCAUAAGCAGUCCCCCAAAGAAAGUGACCCCUUUGCCAGGUACAGGUGAAGGGAGUGGCUGUGCCUGCUUCACACACUAGGGCUCUGCAGAGAGUUUUGUGCAGGGAAAGGUACUGGCUUUGUUUUUUGUCGUCUUUAAGCAAAUGGGCAUUUCCUCAAGUUAUUGAAGCAGUAGAGCGGGCCACAGUGGUGCAUGAAAUCCAAGCUACUCAGGAGUAUGAGGUGGAACUAUCACUUGAGCCCAGAGUUUGGAGGUUAAUCUGGGCAACAUAGCAAGAGACCUUGCCUCUUAAAAUAUUUUUAAGACAAAAAGCUUACGUGGAGCAAGCAUUUUGCUUACAUGAGAGCUUGUAGAAAGUAAAUAGGAGCAGGAGGAAGGGGCUGCAAUUACUAACAGUGUGCUGCUUUGCUCCCACGAGAGCUUCCUAUGGAUCCUCUUCCCUGGCUAGUGGAGAUCCGAGGGAGGAGCUAGGGCGUAGUUUAGACCUCCUCUCCACGGCAUAGCCUCUUAAGACCAGAAAGAAAAGGCAGCUAGUCUGCUGUCUCUGGGAGUAGGUGUGCUGUCCGUGCCGUGCUAACAGGAAAUUGAUGCUAAGCAUGGCUGCACUAAGCAGUUCUGGGUGCCUCUGUGGUCUCUAGAACACAGGGCUGGGGCACACUGAGAACACCUUGGCCUGCAGUGAGGCUUCAAGUACACAGCUGCCAUGCCGGGCAGUCUGUUUGUAGUUCGUUCUUCCUGGAUUGCUAGUUGCCUGUUUCACAUUUUAGUUAAAGCCGGGCUUUGUUUCUUCUGAUUUUCAGUUACUUGCUAAGAAAGGAUUAAUAAGAAAAGAUCCUUAAAGUGCUGCCAGGGGCCUUCCAAGAGCUCUGGCAUCCCUAAGCCACCCUCACCCUAACAGGUGAAGGACUGGUGUGUUUGUUGACAGAAUGCUCACCUUGUCUUCAUUGCUAACAGCAGUUUUUGGGUUAUUUUCUAGCGUAAGUUUAAGAGCGGAGCUGGAGACUCGGGAAAUACGUCUCCCUAGAUACUAGCAGGCUUGACUAAGUAGCCUUGGCGGACCCCUUCCUCAUGGAGUACCGCCCCACCACCGUGCAUUCCGUCAGUCUCUCUUCUCCCCACCCCAUGAAGCUCAGCUCCACGCUGCCUGGCAUCAAUUGUGACAAGGCUUUUGUUUUUUAAAAACAAAUCUGAUUAUAACCAAAACCUACUGAAAGAAACUAACUUGGAGGUGUGACACCAUUGAGGGUGGAAACCAGCUUGUAAGGGAGGCAGAGGUGAUUCCGAUGGCAGCUCUUGACACAACCGGAAACAUGAAGGGUGCUUUGAGUAUGUAAUGGAUGGUUGCUUCCCAAGUCAUGCUGAGGGGGAAAACAUCACUUCAUGUCACUUCCAUAAUGGGGGACAUUAUCUAUACCCCCUCUUUCAGCCUUGGGGCUUUUUCUUCUCUGCUACUGAGCAUUGCUAGCAUUGAGCUGCACCCUCCCCCCAUCAACUUGCCUCAGUGAUUCCUCCCCUAGGUCUCGUUUACCCUUUAGCAGCUCCAGCAGCCACAGCCUGGUCCAGGACCUGUUACCUACCUACCCAAACUGCCAGAGCUUCGGGGAGAGCUGUGUGCACAUUUGUAGCUUUAAGGUAGGGGAAGGUCACGGUGGGAGUGCUGGGUGCCACAGGGAGAGGGCACACCUCUGCCUUUGAUUAUUCCUUGUACGGUCAGUGUGUUCAUCUUUCCACCUGCCGAGCAAUUUUAGGUAAGAGAAAUGUAUGAUAGGGUUGGAAAAUUCGGUGCACUUUGUUAAAUUUGGAAGUGAGAAGAGCUGAAGAAUUUUUUCUAAAGAAAACUAGUCCAAUUUUAAGGAGAGAUUUCAGAUAAAGCAACAGAGACGUGAGAGGGUUUUGAGCAAUACAAGAUAGAAGGCAUUUUAGAGACUUUGCAGAGAACAGUCUUUUUGUGAAUUGCCGACUAGACCACCAUGUCCUGUCAUGUUGUGCUUCUGAACCAUCAGUUCAAACCACUGCUUCUGAUUUAGUCCCAGGUGUGCAACAGUUGGACUCUCUACCCUAAUUCCACUACCAAACAUUAGUAAGGUUGAAGGUUUCUAGAUGUAACCGCAAUCUGUGUUGACCAUCGUUCAGCUCAGCGAUCUCAUGUGUUUGACCAUAGGAGCCAGACCUGAGAGGCUUUGUGACACUGCUCAGUGCGCAUGCUGUGUGUGGCAGACCCCAGAAGUACACAUAACGUGCUGUACUGAGAAAUGUGUUCUUCCGUGUGCUUCUGUGUGACCUGCAGUCGCUUCCUCGGGGCUGUCACAGUAACAGCGUAACUAUCCAGUAGCUGUCUGAUGGUGUCCCAAGGCUUUAUCCGUAACAAGGUUAUAGAUGUACAGUGUUAGUCCUUUCACUGCUCACUGGCCCUCCCCGGGAAUGCUCCCAGUCCAACCCCGUCUAGACUAGCCUGAAGACCAUUUGCAUCAUUUCUUACUGCACAGCUGCAUUCAAGAAAUCUAGGGUGUGAUCAACCAGUCACUGGUGAUGCCUCGCAUACAGAUGACACAUGUGUUGAUCUCUCUUCUCCAUUGUCUAUUUAUAGCCUUUAAUGGAAAGGAAAAAAAUGCCCCUACUCUGCAAUGCGAGGUUUUCAGGAUUCUUGUAAAUUGUAAAUCCUUGAGUCACUCCUCAGAGUGAAAGGCAUUUCCAGCCGAGCUGUAGGGGGCAUAAUAUCCGGCUUGUUUUAAAUGUCUCAUGUACUUAAAGUGUGGUCAGUGUCCUCCUCUCCUUAGCCUGUGGUGGAUGGUUCCGUCAGCCCUAGCAUGGAUGGCUUCAUUGCACAGUUCAUCUCAUCCACACAGAACUCUGUGUGUGCCCACAGUAGGUGGAGUCAGUGACGAGAAGGAUGAUCUAGACGGUGGAUGAGCCAGCUUCAUGACACGAGAAAUGUACGGUUCCCAUGUGUCAUGAGAAUUUCACUAGAAUGUCAUUCAACAGCCCAACUACCUCAUGUGAAAUUGGCUGUGGACAAUCUGUGUCAGGUGGGAAAUGUGUUCAGAGAACUUUAUUCUGGUUAAUAAAUUGAACAGUGUGGUGUCUCUAUGAAGAAGAAGCAUGUUAUACCAGAUGCCAAAGGCUAAACUAUAAAUAGAUUUUUCUUGGGUUCCUUUCCACGUUAAUGUUUAAUUCCACAGUCUGUAUCCUCAUGAAUGUUUGUAGUUUUGUAGAGCCACAUGCCCUGAGUAUCUGUCACAGAAUCGUGUGUCACCUCCUCUUGUCUCUCAGUAUUCUGAAUGGACAUCAGAAUGCUGAUAGGAAACAAGUUAAACUACAAAAGCAUCAAACAGCUGUGGCUUCUUAAUUUAAUGGACCUGUACUUAGAAAUGUGUUGGAGCUUUUUAGGACCAAUUGUUGAGUGGAAAUCUUGUGUGCAAAUUUGUCUGCUUCUCUGUCCAAGUUGUUAUUCUGUAUUUCAUGCAAAGUGGGGCAGGGGAGGGUUUUACUUCCUUUGGAGAAUGUUUGAAAACAUCUGUCAAAUUUUUAUAUUCAUUAGUUACAAUAAACAUAUUUUUAGAGUAUUUUA